AUGGCUCUCAAGAUCAAAACUGCUGAGACUAAGAUUGUAUUGCUCAAUCUACUACUCUGUGUGAUCAUAUUUUACUCUGUGUACUAUGUGGUCCUAUGUUUUUGUUUCACAGUGUCCAGGCUACAGAUGCUGGAUGGACUGGCACCAUUUGAUUUUAAGACAAAACCAUCAUGGAUUAACCCAUAUUAUUUAGUUCUUCUAGUGUCAUUGGAGAUAACCUAUUUCAUCUCUGGACUGCUCUUUGUCUUAAUUGUAGAAGAAUGGGUUUGGGAUUAUGCUAUAACUGUUACAGUCAUCCACAUCACAAUAACCUCAGCUGUUAUGGCUGAAUUCCCCCUGAUGUUGCACUGGUGGGCAGCUUUAGGUUCUGGUCUAAUUUCAAUGAUUUGUGGUGGACAGUGUUUGGCCUACUACCUGUUCAAAGACAACUUUAUUUAUCCAGUUCUGGAUGAUUUCUGA